AUGGGUCUGUUCGGCGGCGCGCAGCGGAAGCGCAAAUCCGCCGCCGCGGCGAGGGCGAAGGCGGUCGCCGCCGCGAUGGCGGCGUCGCCCCUCGCGCGCCCGCCGACGCCGCCAUCGCGCGUCGCAAACGCCGCGCCCGCGAUCUCGCGCGCGGACGACGACGACGUCGAUGACGACGCGACGACGCCGGCGCCGUGCCGCGUCGUCGCGCACCCGGGCGGCGCGCUGGCGUCGUCGCCGUCGCUCGACGGCGUCGUCGCGUACCCCGCGGGCGCGCUCGUCGCGCUGUGCGUCCCGGCGCGGAACGAGCUCCUCGCGGCGCUUCGCGCGCCGACGCCGUCGGAAGCAUCAAAUCGCGACGUCGUCGUCGUCAACGUCCGCGACGAUGAAAACGCAAACGCCGCGAUGCGUCGUCGCUCCUCCCUCGGACGUCGCGGGGGGUCCCAACGCGCGCCCCCCGCGUCGUUCCAUCGCGCGACGUUCUCGCGCCCGAACGGCGUGUACGUCGCCGCGGGCGAGCGCGACGCGUCGGACCCGGCGGUGUGCGUCUGGGACGCAUCGCGCGCGAGACCCCUCGCGGUCCUUCGCGGCGGGCAUCGCGCGUCGAGGAAAACGUCGUCGGACGGGACGGAAAAGUUGGACUCGGACGCGACGACGACGAUCGCGGACGUCGCGUUUUCACCCGCGGACGCGCGUUGGGUCGUCUCCGUCGGCGGCGGCGCGCUGUGCGUCUGGGACUGGCGCGCCGGCGCGCUGCUCGCGCGCGAGCGCGUCGACGCGAGCGCGACCGCGGUGAGCGUCGGCGGCGACGGGAGGGAGAUCAUCGUCGCCGGCGCCGGCGCCGGCGGCGUCGGCGUCGCGACGUUUCGCGUGCGAAAGACGACGACGACGACGACGACGACGGCGGCGGCGGAGGCGGAGGCGUCGCGCGCGCGCGUCGUCGCGAAAGGACGAUACGACGACGACGACGACGUCCCGGGGAUCGUCCCGGGGAUCGUCCCGGGGAUCGUCCCGGGGAUAACGCUGACGAGGUACGACGUUCCUCUCGGCGGGCACGCGUCUCUGACGUGGGCGACGGUGCGCCACGCGUUUCCCGAAUGCGCGUCGACGAACGCCGACGCCGCGCCGAGAUCGCCGUUCGUCGCCGACGAGCGCUCGUUCGGCGACGCCGCGACGCCGCGGCGGUUUCGCGACGCGGACGGGUUUAAGGCAUUCGGGUUUGGGUUCGAGGCUGUCGCGAACGCGCGCGCGGAUCCGUGCUUCCCGCCGCCGAAAUCGCCGAAGAUUGCGCCCGGAGGGAACGGCGAAGACGGCGACGGCGACGGCGGCGGAGGGAACGGCGACGACCGCGGCGGCGGCGGCGGCGACGGCGGCCGCGUUCGUACGAACGCAAACGAAGAGGCCCACCGCGUCAACGGCGACGUCGCGUACGCGUUGACGCACUCCGGGAUCCUCGCCGCGUUGCUCGGUCCGUCGCGCGACGGCGCGGCGGCGACGCGCGUGGAGCGAUGGGUGGACGCGCGCGCGCCGGGCGGUAACGCACACGCGCUGGGCGUUUCCGACGCGAGGGUCGCAGUCUGCGCGGACGACGGCGUCGUUCGACUCUUCGCCGCGAAGACGCUGAAGUACGAGGGAACGCUCCCGAAGCCGCCGCCGCAGCCGGGGUGCCAACUGGGGUGCCAACUUUUGGCGGCGGAGGGAGCCGCCGGCGCCUCGACGGACGCGCACUCCGCGCGAACGGGGGUGCGAAAGACGCGGGUGACGCACCCCGCCGCGGUCUCGUGCGCGUUCGACGUCGCGGGCGCGACGCUCACGGUGGCGUACGACGACCAGCGCGUCGUCGUCUGGGACGUCGGGGACGUCGAAGCGGGCGAAAAGGCGUCGAAAAGGCGCGUCGAAAAGGCGAGACCGCUCAGAAUCGCGCGCGCGCACGAGGGAGGUCCGAUCUGGGGCUUGAAGACGCUCCCGCGCACGCCGUCGUCCGCGGGGUCGACGACGACCCCCGUCCCCCCCUCGCGGUUCCCGCCCGGGUCGUUCGUCACCGCGGGCGGCGACGGCACCGCGCGCGUGUGGCACCUCGGCGGCGACCGCGACGGUAAAGGUAAACGUAACGGCGCGGAGAGAGGCGUCAUUUCGCUCGCGUGCGCGCGCGCGGCGCCGGACCCGGCCCGAGCCGCCGCCGCCGCCGCCGCUCACGCCGCCUCUCCCGCUCGGUCGCGCGCGACAGCCUACGCGGACGCGGGCGGGCACGCGCUGCUCUCGAUCGCGGUCAACCCGAUAAAUCCGCGCGAGGUUGCGACCGGCGACGCCGCCGGAAACGUCCGCGUGUUCGACCUCGCGUCGGAGACGGAGACGGCGCGGAUCGCCGCGCACGACU